AUGGCGAACGCGCAGGUGGCGCAAGAGGAACUCCAGCAGAGCGUCGUUCUUUCCGACGAAGAUGCCGAAUACGAGGAAGACGACUUGCCUGAGGCCAUGGACCUCGACAAGGCACCCACCGGGCAGCUACACCAUGAUCUCGGUGAUGACGACGCGCCAGCCGAUCCAGAUGAAGAACCCAGCGAGGCAAACCAGUCCGGAGGCCACGUAGGCGAGGUCAAUGUAGCACUCCAACCGCAAGGUGUGGCUGAGGAAGAUGAUGAGGAUGCCGAAGGAGAACUUGAUGACGAAGAAGACGGCAAUGCCGAGAAUGGCGCUCCCAAACCCCACCAUACAAGUGUUCGUGACGGAGAUGAGAUUUCGGACGAGGAUGCCGAAGGGGAGGAGGAUGACAUGCUGCCGCCAGCCAACCACAACGAGGAAGCCGAGGGCGUGGGAGCUGUCAAGAUCAGACCCGGCGAGACCGAUGAAGACGAGUCCGAGAGUGAUGCUGAUGCCAGCGCCGCCUCGGAUGCAAGCGAUCGAGAGUCUACCGAAUGGGAGGCCGAAGCCGAGAACGACAACGAAGAGGACGACGGAGAGUCGGAAGCGGCAGAGCCCAAUCUCUGUCUGUUCUGCAAGAAGGACGAAGAGAACGACCCUAGCGAGGACUUCGAGUCGUAUUUGACUUGCAAGGGCUGCGGCGAGCAUUCACAUCAACAGUGUGCAAGAGAUGCGGAUGCGCUGGAUAGCGAAACUGUCGUCGCAAACUGGAAAUGCCCUGAAUGCGCAGGUGAUGACUCCUUGUCCGACUCAGGUGCAGAAUCAGCACCUGAAGACGUAGAUGCGAAUGGCGAAGUUGGCGAUGGCGAAAUAUCACCCGCCUCCCGAAGAUCCACAGCCUCCAAACUUGCACGCGACCUCCUCCCUUCCCAACGCGGGGUGAACAAGCCGGAUUCGCAUUCUGUUUUCAACCAACUCGUUCUCGACGAGGACCCUAUGGAUGGCUCCCGAGUGCUGAGAAAACGGAAGACCUCAUCUGCUGAGGCCGAGACAGAGGAGGUCAUGUCUCUCCUCCGGAAAAGACGGAGAACUACGCCGGAGGAAUCCACGCACGACGAUGAGGGUUCUGAAGACAAAGCGGACGAGGCCAGUGAAGCGGCCAGGCCCCGGUCUUCGCGCUCGCUGAGGCUAAAGAUUUCGAACCCAGCUGCCAAGUGCACGAUAUUAAAGAAAUCCAGGAGUUCUCUCCUGCUAAGAAUGCGCGUCCCGCCCACCGAGCUUGCGGCCAUAUUAUCCCAAGAACCUAAGCCGAAGAAACGGCCAAACCGGUCUGCCACAGCGCGGCCUGCUCGGUCGGCCGCAAAUGCUACCAUUACCAUUGCCGAUGCGCCAAUGGCAUCCCUCAUGCCGUCCAGCUAUACGCAGCCGUUCUACUCGUUCUACGACAAGGAAACGGACGACCUCAAGGGCAGGCCGUACGGUGGUAUCCUUACCGAAGCCGAGGCCGACACCUCGAAGACGCUGCCUACUAAAGACGAUAGGAGACGUUUCGACGAAGCCAAGCAAAAGGCUGACGAGGAGUGGCGCCAAAGACUACUGGCCAUGCAAGCCGAGGUGGAAGUCCCAACCAAGAAAUCCAAGAAGGCCACGGGUCCUGCCAGUCAAAUCGAGUGUAUCGAGUUUGGUGGCUGGGAGAUUGACACAUGGUAUGCUGCACCGUAUCCCGAAGAGUAUAGCCGCAACCGUGUGCUCUACAUAUGCGAGUUCUGUUUGAAGUAUAUGAACUCGGAUUAUGUCGCAUGGCGGCACAAACUCAAGUGCCCUGCCAAGCAUCCUCCAGGCGACGAAAUCUAUCGGCAGGGGUCUAUCUCGUUCUUCGAAGUCGACGGCCGGAAGAAUCCGGUCUAUUGUCAAAACCUCUGUUUACUUGCCAAGCUCUUCCUUGGCUCAAAAACACUCUACUACGACGUGGAACCAUUUCUCUUCUACGUCCUGUGCGAAUACGACGACAUGGGAUAUCAUUUCGUCGGCUAUUUCUCCAAAGAGAAGAGGGCAAGCAGCCAGAACAAUGUGAGCUGCAUUUUAACGCUUCCCAUCCACCAGCGCAAAGGAUAUGGCAAUCUCCUUAUCGAUUUCUCAUACCUUCUUACCCGGGCAGAGGAGAAGACCGGGUCGCCAGAGAAGCCUUUGUCUGAUAUGGGUUUGGUCUCUUAUCGCAACUACUGGAGAUUAGUCAUGUGCAAAUAUCUACUAGAGCACACUCCGGAGGAUAAGUACCCGAGGAAAGGCCUCAGCAUCAGGCAGAUCUCCGACGACACGGGCAUGAUGCCUGAUGAUGUCGUGUCGGCACUGGAGGGUCUGCGCUGUCUCGUGCGGGACCCACAGACCAAGCUCUAUGCGUUCAGGGUAGAUAUCCCUUUCUGCCGCGAAUACGUCGGCAAGUGGGAGUCCAAGAACUACGUCAAGCUGAACGACAAGGCUCUGACCUGGACGCCCUAUGUCAUGGGCCGCAGCAAUGCUACAAAUUUCGAGCUGGGCCCGGCUCUCAAUGCAAUCGCACCUCGGGAGGAUGACGAGGACAAUAAGACAGUCCAGUUACUCGCCCAGAGCGGUAUCGCAACCGGCGACUUUGCCGACGCGAACGGCAUCAAUCCGAAGCCGCUGCUCGAGUCUGAUGCUACAGUGCUCGAGUCGACAGAGCCGAACGACAACGCAAUGUCGGAGCCGGUGGUGGAAGUCAAGACGAACGGCAUUGACAAGGAGAACGACGAGCCGAUGUUGGAUGUGGAUGUUCAGGAGAAUGAGCAGUCUGCGGCGCCAGUAGACGAUGAGGAUGACUGGCAAGCCGCAUACAAUGAUGUUCCGAUCAUUCGCUUUGAAGUUUUCCCUCCACCCGACCGCAAACGGCCCGGCCUCUCACGCCUCACCUCUAGCAUCGCACGACCCACAGCCAUUCGUGCCCCAGCUACAGCACCACGCCCACGGCCUCGGAGGUCUAUGGGCAGCUCUAGAAAGUCGGCGUCUCGCCCCAAGUCUAGCUCAUCUCGUCGAAAGACGGGCGGCACUGGGCGCGGCCCCGGCCGAUGGCCUAAGGGGACUAAGAAGAGCGACUACGGCAAUGCUGAUAGUGGACCGGGCCUGCCACCAUCGUGGCUGCAGCGGCAGAAGCAGAAGCUGGACGCGGGGGAGAUUGAUCAGGUCGAUGCUGAUGCUGACGCCGACGCCGACGCCGACGCCGACGACACCGUCCAGGUGAAGCAGCCCCGGGGCAAGAGUGGGAAGGGCAAGGAGAUUGAUGUGAUCUCCGCCAAGUUCGAGGACAAAGAUGACGAGCUGGAGCCCGCCGAGAGUGAGGGCGACGACGACAGCGGAGGGGAAGAGGAUCCUGACGUUGUCAUGAACGACGGCGACGACGACGAUGACGACGGGGAAGAAGAGGAUGCAGAAGGCGAGGACGAAGACGAGGACGACGACGCCGACGCCGAAGGCGAAGACGAAUGA